GGGUCUGUCAGUUUGGGGCGGAACAGGCUGUGAUUGGCGGGCGGGGCGGAACGCUGGACACGUCACAGCUGGUCGGACGGGUGGAAGCAGCGGGAUAGAGCUGACGUAAUGGCUGCCAUACGUAAAAAGCUUGUGAUUGUUGGAGAUGGAGCUUGCGGGAAGACUUGUCUGCUCAUCGUGUUCAGCAAGGAUCAGUUCCCUGAAGUCUAUGUGCCCACCGUGUUUGAGAAUUACGUAGCAGAUAUCGAAGUUGAUUCCAAACAGGUGGAGCUAGCACUGUGGGAUACCGCCGGUCAGGAAGACUACGAUCGCCUUCGACCCCUGUCCUAUCCCGAUACUGAUGUCAUUCUUAUGUGCUUCUCCAUAGACAGCCCUGAUAGCUUGGAGAAUAUCCCAGAGAAGUGGACUCCGGAAGUGAAGCAUUUUUGCCCCAAUGUGCCUAUAAUUCUGGUGGGAAACAAGAAGGACUUAAGGAACGAUGAACACACUCGUCGUGAGCUGGCUAAAAUGAAACAGGAACCAGUGAAGCCAGAAGAAGGCCGGGACAUGGCCAAUAGGAUCGGAGCAUUUGGCUACCUGGAAUGCUCUGCCAAAACAAAGGACGGUGUGCGGGAAGUGUUUGAGAUGGCAACAAGAGCUGCUCUACAGGCCAAACGAGGGCGUAAGAAAAACACGUGCAAUCUGCUUUAAGAUGCAACCGAGUCUCAAAAAAGGAAACAACCUCCCCCCACCACCCCUUUUCCUCAUGCACUCCACCUGCUUCCCCUCUCUGCCAAUGCAACUCCCACCUGCAAAGUGGGCCGACGAGGGGUCCAUUGCAAAAGCUGCGUACCCCUCCUUCAAUGUCAGCCACACUGCCUUAUUCUGAGGAAGCCUCCACGAUGGGGAAGGGGAAGCCAGUGCCACUUUCUGCGGGUCCUCUCCACGUUGGACACAGGUGAGGAGAUCUGCUCCACCACCCAUCCUACAGGACCUUUAUCAAGCAAGGGUUGCUCUCCUGUGCCAUGUGUGCCAUGUGUUCUAGGACUCUGAAAGGAGUUGGGUAGGCAGGUGCCAUUUUUUUUUCUUUCUUUUUUUUUUUGCAGGAUUUCUUUUUGGGGGGGUUGGAGGGCAGCGCCCAGUGCUGUUUUGGCCUCUCCAGAAGCUUGUGCUUGAUCUGGGGUGCAUAGCAGCAAAAUUUUUUUGGGGGGGGGGGACUUUAUUCUGCUUCACAAAAACUGAUCUUCCCUUUCUAUAUAAAUAUAUAUGUCUCAGAUGUUUGUACAUUGCUUUGCCGGGCCCAGUCUCUCUAGCUGUCGUCGGCGUGUGGGCUCUCCAGCUGGCAUGGCCAUGCUGGGACUCCUAUUCCUUUGAAUCAUGAGAGCCAAAAGCUGCCAAUCUCUGUUUAAAGCAGUUGGUUGUUUAGCUUUGCAGGCUCUGCUGUAUGGCCUGCAUUGUCAGGAUAGGGUUUCAGAAACAGGAAAAGGAAGUGGUUAUCACAGCCAGGCGUUGGCGAUCAGUGCUUUUUGUUCUGAUUGUUUCUGUACCAUUAAUGCUCCAUCCGCUUUCCUCCUGCCUCCUCGAAGUUUGAACCUGACCACCGCUAUAUCUGUGUGUUUUAAAGAUGUCUAAUUUUAUUCCUCUUUUUAAUGUUGAUAUUUUUUUUUUCUUUUUUCAAAGAUAAGAUUUACUGAAUACACCGUUUUCUCAGCAAGCAGAAUUUCACAAUAAAAUGUUGUAGUCAUGUUUAGUAAA